AUGGCCUCCCUGUUCUCCGGCCGCGUCCUGAUUCGCAACAACAGUGACCAGGAUGAGCUGGACACGGAGGCUGAGCUCAGUCGCAGGCUGGAGAACCGGCUGGUGCUUCUUUUCUUCGGCUCCGGGUCCUGCCCACAGUGUCAAGCCUUCGCACCUAUCCUCAGGGACUUCUUCGUAAAGCUCACAGAUGAGUUCUAUGUGCUGCGGGCAGCCCAGCUGGCUCUGGUGUACGUGUCCCAGGACCCCACAGAGGAGCAGCAGGAUCUGUUCCUCAGGGACAUGCCAAAGAAGUGGCUCUUCCUGCCCUUCGAGGAUGACCUGAGGAGGGACCUCGGGCGCCGCUUCUCCGUGGAGCGCCUGCCGGCUGUCGUGGUGCUCAAGCCUGGCGGGGACGUCCUCACCCGCGAUGCCACCGACGAGAUCCGGCGCCUGGGCCCGGCCUGCUUCGCCAACUGGCAGGAGGCGGCGGAGCUGCUGGACCGCAGCUUCCUGCAGCCCGAAGACCUGGACGACCCCGCGCCGCGGAGCCUCACCGAGCCGCUGCGCCGCUGCAAGUACCGCGUGGACCGGACCGCCCGGGGCAAGCGCGGCCCCGGGAGCGGGAGCCCGCCGGAGGGCGGAGCGGAGGGCGGUGGCGCCGGGGAGCUUUUCUGACCCCUGCGGGGAGCUCGCGCGUGGGGAUUCGGGGCUGCGACCUCCAGAGGAGUUACCGCCCCAGACUCUAAGGGGUCACAGAAGGGGACAC